CGCGGGAGGCGGCGCCUCUCGGGGAGGCGGGCCGGGCCGGGCCGGCGCUGCCUUCCGGGGCUCGGCGCGGCGGCGGCGGGAGCCGGAGCCGGGCAGGAUGCGCUCCGCCGCCCCGCUGCUGCUGCUCUCGGCCUGCCUGCUUCUGCCGCUGCUGCUGCCGGCCGCCCCCGGCGCCCACGGCAGCCAGGAGCCGGCGGUGAACGGCAGCCGCCCGCCCGCCGAGCCGGCCGGCGCGCCCGGCAACCACAGCGGGGCCCAGCUCAGCCCGGUGCCCGCGCUGCUCCGCGACCUCUCCGCGCUGAAGGCCGCCGUCAUCGGGGCCUGCGCCCUCACCGCCGCCCUCAUCGCCUGCCUCCUGCUCCGCGUCUUCAGGUCUGGCAAGAGGAUUAAGAAGACCAGGAAGUACGACAUAAUCACCACUCCAGCUGAGCGGGUAGAAAUGGCUCCUCUGAAUGAAGAAGACGAUGAGGAUGAAGACUCAACAGUGUUUGAUGUGAAAUACAGGUAAAGCAGCUCCACGGAGCGUUGGUGCCCUGCAAGAUGUCAUUCUGCUGUCGAGGGACCUGCUGAAGCCAUAACUGUGAAAGGGGAGGCUUUCAUCUCUGCAGUGUUACACCCACACCAAGCCUCACUUCCUCGAGGUGCUGUUUGUACAGCAGGCUAUGGAUCUUCUGACCAAAACGUCACCAUUCAGUUCCCUGGUUGGAACGACCAGAGUUCCUCUUUGCAAACUCAGCUCUGUUUUGAUUUAGGAGGGCUGCGGUGUCACUAAAUCAUGACGAGAUGCAGCCCUGUGUACCGACUUGCAGCUCAUUAUGGUCUAAAUAAGUUUUGCAGAAGGAAGAAGACAAGGAAGAUUGAACCAAGCUGCCCCAAGGACUUAUUUACUAAAAUCCUGAUUCAAUACUUCAGUCACUGUUAAACUUCAGUCAUUGUUAAACAGAUUGUGUGUUUAAAAAAAAAAAAAUCAAGAAUUGUAUUUUUUGGGCCUUACAGAGGUGACUUACAACUUUAGGUGAUAAAAAUGUAAGCCACGCUGAAAUGCCAUGCUGUAUGUUUAGUGUAGGGUUUUGGGGGAAGGGGGUGAGAGGUUAACUCAUGUAGGAAAUUUUCUUGACUUGCUACUGAUUUAUUUUUUUUUUAAAUAAUAACAAUUGCACUAAGCUUUCAUGAUGACAUUCUCAUUGUCCUAAGGAGCUCUGAUCAGACCAACCUGAAUAAAUGAGACCACAGGGAAAUAGGAAGAAUCAGGCAUGCCCUAAACUACAACAAUCUUGGGAUUAAAGAUAUAUUUUUGUAACUUUCUGCCCUUCCACAGGGAGUAAAACCCGUGUUUUGUACUGUCCUGUGCCUACUGUACCUUGUCUACAAUUCAUCUAUAUUACCUUUUUUUCUAAUCAAAAUAAGUCCUCAUGUGGAAUGAUUAGAUUGCAGAAAGAACACCUCUUAUUUUUCAUGGAAGCUUCAUGUAAGUGAUCUUGAUCUAUAUUAAACUGGAAGUUUUCCCCUACCACCUGCUUGACAAAUCCCAUUUAACCCAAGGAUGCGUUUUUAACCGUCGCUCCCUGCUGUGCGUUGUACUGCAGAGGUCAGAGCUGUGGGAUGACACUAUGAGAAUCAGAUUGCUGCAUCUGGAUGGAUUGGGUUUAGGAGACCGCAAGCAUGUACACUUUCCAGGCCAUCGUUAGAAAGGGCAAACCUAACUGGUUUAGUUUAUUUACUUUGUGGUUUUCCUUUGAAGGAACCACAGAUGCAGUUCAGACUUCUCUCUAACAUGCUUAUUCUGUUUGCUGCACCCCUUAACACCUUUUGUUUUGGGUUUUUAAGCUGGCUGGAACCUUGCUUUUCUUGGGGAAUGCAUAUUUUCCAAUUGUUUUAGGAUUGUCUCACUGUUUGCUUGACCCUCUGCUAGCAUCCUGCAGUAACAACCCCUCAAGGAGACUGCAGAGUAUCUGGCAGAGCACCAUCCUUGCAGCAAGCUGCCAGUUUUGGGGUUUGUGUUUGAAGGCCGAUUGGGAUUUGAGGCUUUGUGAGAACAGUGAACUGCUUUGUCAUGCUACCAUGACCUACGCCAGUUCUGUGCGGUUCCCUUGGGCCCUGCAGUCAGUAAAAAGGAGGUGAAGGGGAAUUUUCUCCCCCCCCUCCCCGCAGCUUUGCGCUUUCAUCAAAGAAGCUCCCCUAACACAGCUUGCUUUCCCUAGCUGUGACUCAGCAAAGGCUUUGCGAACAGCCCACUCAGCCUGGAUGGAAAAAUCCCACAGCAGACUGUUGCGUUUAUUAUUAGUCAUCAAGGCUAUAUAAAAAUGCUAUGUUAUUUUCAUUCAUGGAAUGAAUUUGAGUCAUUCUGUAUCACCGUUACUAAGCAAUAUUUAACAUGUCAGCUGUGAGGAGAGGAUGGGCUGAACAGGUUGUGUUCUGGCAGGUAGAAAUCACAGGGAACAGCAAGUUGAAUGAUGCUGUGGGUUGAGGUAAGAUCUGGGGCACUUUCCCCUCCUAGGUAAAACAGGUUUCUGACUUAAGCUGGGUGAUUCUGAAGGAAAUAUUUUGUCUUUUCAGGACUAAAGUACUUUGAAGACCAGGAAUUGAACUUCUUAGGCAGACCGAGUCCUUUUGAAGUCAGAGAAGUGGCGAUGCUGAGAGGAGAGAGAGAGAGAGGUUAAAAGCUGUUUGCAUUUGCAGAAGGAGGCGAUGGAGUGAGGUGGCUGCCCUGUCUGAGUGGACACCAUGGCAACAUGUUCAUGUCCACUCUUCUGCCAAACUCAUUAAGCUGAGCAUCAGGCAUGCUGAAAGAGUGGUGGAGAGGGAAUGAAACCUUCUGUGUGCACAAAAGAAAGGCAAGACCAAGUUAUGUAGGAGAGAGACGAGAGGAGAAGGUGCAUAAAGGACACCUCUCUCCAAGGGCGAGUCAGUUCCUGCAAUCAGGAAUUUCUCCACCAGCUUCAGGUCACUUGCUGAGCCAGGCUGGCAAAGGCCAUCCACUUACCUUGCUUGUGGCUGAAAGAUCCCACCGUUUCCAUAACAUGGCCAAAUCCCAGUGGUAGACAGGGACCAGGUAUUUAGGGUGUUGAAGGUGGAGGUGCCCAACUGCCACUGGUAGGCUCUGGCUCCUCGAGGAGGUCCCAAACCACAUGCCAUAAGCUAAGAAGUAAUUACAGGGAAGCAGCAGCUGCCUGGUGGAAAUAAAAGGCCAACCUUACCAGUUGCUCAUGGUCAUGAAAAUAAUCCGAAUGCUUUGUUUGAUACUCAGUUGCUGUUGCAAAUGUGAGGCAAUGUUUACCUCUACAAAAGUUGCUGUAUGUGAUUUAAAGUGUCUGGUUAAAUAUUCUAUAGCUAUAUUUAGUUAAGAUUUUAAGAGCACUUGACGUGACUCAUCUAAUAGUAUAUAUAUGAAUAUUUUUUUAAUGGUAGGAACUAGUUUAAAAUAGUUUUAAUAAUUUGGACUGUUCAGUUCAGGUAGUUCUUUCUAGGAGUUCAUAGGAGAAGAAAUAGCCAUUAACCACUACAUGAAUGUUUUACCUUAAUGUUCUGUGUAUCUCACACUGCAGAUUUAAUCUCAUUGUGACUGUAACGUGUCUUAGUAUCUGCUGCUGUUUUGUGUUGCAUAGUCAAACUUCCUUUCUUGUUCAAGAGCAUUUUUAAAGGCAUAUUUUUUUGUUACAGAAAAUGAAAAGAGAAACGUUAUUCCAGAUGUCUGCCUGUAGCUUGCUCACUGCUUACAAAAUCCACCACCUGGUAGCAGAGCAAGCAAAUUAGAGGCUUUCUUAUUUGUGCAUGCUGUGCUGUGGAGGGGAAACCCUGCACAGGAUUGCAGCUUCUGUACUGCAACCACAGCUCUGUCACUGGAGAUUACACUUGAGAAGCCAGAAGUCGGUGUGCCAUGCUCACCUGCAGAAUUAAGUCAGAAGUACACGGUAUCUGGGUUUUAACUGCAAACACUUGUUUAGCACACUAACUCGUGCUAUCCUAGUGCUUAUCCUAAGCCCAAACUAACUUGUAGAAGCCUUCAAACACUACUGAAGCUUGAGCACACAAGCACUAAUGCAUUUGAACGUUUUGUUCAUAACUGUUCCCUCCAAUUCGCUGUACGUGAUAUAACCUCUGCAGGGUGGCGGGCUAUGGUUUCCAUUAAGGUGGGUUUUUUUCCCCUUCUGUUAGUUGAGUUUCUGCUGCUGCAGUUUUUGCGUGAGGAGUUUUCAGGACCACGUCUUUUGUUUUGUGCAAUUGCUUGAACUUUGUUUAAAAAUGUAAGAAUCUGUCAUUGUGACCAAAGCUUCUUUUUAAGAAAAAAAAUCGGUAAGACUAGUUUGAAUGGACUUCUGAUGUUUCAGCAGAAACUGCCAUCAUUAAACAUGUUCUUGAAA